AUGGCCUUCUUCUCCCAAUCCGGCUUCUCGCCACUCUUCCAUCUCCUCAAUGACUACCAAGCACAACCGGAAUACACCUUCCAAAAAGAGUGCAAACCAGUCCAAUGCCCCCAGCCACAGACAACCCGCUCCUUCGCACCCGCCUUUGACGUGCGCGAGCUCGACGAGGGUUACUACCUCGAUGGCGAACUCCCCGGCGUCGACCAAAACAACAUUGACAUCCAAUUCAGCGAUCCCCACACGCUAGUCAUUACAGGUCACACUGACCCCAUUUCCGGCAUCCCCACGGUACCCAGCCGCAGUCCAUCGCCAGCAAGCUCGACCGGCUGGCACCAAGCCACCGUCGAGGAUGAAGAGGAUGCACAGUCGACCAGCUCUGCUAGCUCAGCCAGCACUGAUACCGCUUCAGAACCGGCAGAGAAGUCCGAGCCCUACUUCUGGGCCAAGGAGCGCUCGAUCGGUGACUUCCAACGCACCUUCAGCUUUACGGCUCGUGUGGAUCAGGACUCUGUUCGGGCGAGCUUGAAGAAUGGUGUGCUUUCGGUCUUUGUGCCCAAGGAGGCUGCUCCUCUGCCGAAGAAGAUUCGCAUCCAGUGA